GGGAGCCAGCCCGUGUCGUGCCUCAGCCCAGAGCUGAGGUCACUGGGACCAUCCCAGCGCCAGCGCGCCCGCCCCGCGGGAGCCUCAGGCAGAGGCGCCGCGUCCCCGCCGCGCAAGGAACGAGGCCGCUCCCCGGGCAUCCAUCCUCGCAGCAUCAUGACUCUGCAGGCUGACUUUGACGGUGCAGCAGAAGAUGUAAAAAAAUUAAAAACAAGACCAACUGAUGAAGAACUGAAGGAACUCUAUGGAUUGUACAAACAGGCUACCGUUGGAGAUAUUAAUAUUGAAUGUCCAGGAAUGCUAGAUUUGAAAGGCAAAGCCAAAUGGGAGGCAUGGAACCUGAAAAAAGGUUUAUCAAAGGAGGAUGCCAUGAAUGCCUAUAUCUCUAAAGCAAAAGCAAUGGUAGAAAAAUAUGGGAUCUAGAAUAUUCAAAGUAAUUCCCACUAAUAAUUAACUCUUCGGUAGCUAAUGAACUAACUCUGUUGAGAACACUGCAAUACUAACUCCUUACUGUGUAGUCUGACCAAUAUCUUUUAAACAUAAACUGACUGUAAAGGGUAUUUACAUACAUACUCUAUUUUUAGAUUGUAUCUUAUUCUAAAUAAAUUUGAACCUAAUAAAUUAA